GUGCAGGUUGUUGAUGUUGAUGCAUUAACCGGUUGUAACAACAGAUGUCGAUCAAUAUGGCAGCUGCGAGUGAAAUAACCAAUUACUGUUGAUUUUAUUGUUUUGUUUUUAGCGUUAAAUUUUAAUCGUUUUGAUCAAUAUUUGUGUUUUUCUCAGCACUGUUAUUAUGCUGAUGAAAGGAGUGUGCAUGUGGUCUCUGCUCGCAGUGUGUGUGUUGUGUGUAUGUGUCGCGUACAAACCGGUGAUCGUUGUUCAUGGACUCUUCGACAGUUCUGCAAACUUUAUCAACCUGAACAAAUUCAUCAACCAGUGCCAGUCUGCAGCCGCUCUGGAAGCAGGUGGAGGGCUUCACUGAAGCCAUAUAUCCUAUCAUGCAAAAUGCAGCUGACGGCGUCCACCUCAUCUGCUACUCGCAAGUGUUCAGUGUGCCUAAAUGGAAUACCUGGAAAUAUCCAGGCCUGGAUAAGUCAUGGAAAUGAAUACAGUCUCAAAAGUCAUGAACAUUUCUGCAAUGAAUAUAUAUUUUUUCUAGGUGGCCUGGUAUGUCGAGGAAUUUUGUCCACACUUCCAGACCAUAAUGUGCACUCUUUUAUAUCGCUCUCUUCACCACAGGCAGGACAGUAUGGAGACACAGAUUAUCUGAAGUACCUGUUCCCACAGUUUGUCAAAUCCAAUCUGUAUCACGUGUGCUACACUUCAGUGGGCCAGAGAAUCUCCAUCUGUAACUACUGGAACGGGCGACGCACCCUAAAAACGGCACUGUUUCAUGAUGAAGAGCCGCUUAAAAAUCCUCAUCACAGAGACAUGUACAUCAACAGCAGUGACUAUAUGGCCUUACUGAACAGUGAAAGAGCAAAUCCAAACACAACCGUUUGGAAAGAAAACUUCCUGCGCAUUAAGAAACUGGUGCUGAUCGGCGGCCCGGAUGAUGGAGUCAUCACACCAUGGCAGUCCAGUUUCUUUCUUUUCAGUCAGUUUGGUUUCUAUGAUGAUAAUGAAACUGUUGUUGAGUUGAAAAACCAGAAAGUGUUUUUGAUGGACUCGUUUGGUCUAAAGACGCUGUACGCUCGAGGAGAUUUGGCUUUGUGUUCAGUGGCAGGUGUCACACACAUCCUCUGGCACUCCAAUGAAACCGUGUACAAAAACUGCAUUGAGAAGUGGCUUACAUGAACACCUAUUUUCUACACUCCAUAAAAACAGCUCUUUUUUUUAUUAAUUUAUACAAACUUGUACAUUUUCUUACAUUAUGCUAAUGCAGAGUAUGACAAAACAUAUGACUGUGUUAGUGCCCAUCGAAUACCUCUACAAUUUGGACACAAACUCAGUUUUGUUGACCUGUUAGAAUAUAAACGCAUGUGUAAAAAGAUACACACAAACACUAAAUCUAAGUAAUAACCACCUGUGCCUGAGGGAUCAUUUUCUCAUCUUGUUAAAAAGGGUUCGGAUCUGUUUAUUAAUGUGUGUAAAUAUUUUUAUUUGUGUCUUUUGCUUUAGAUGUUAUGUGUUUGAUGAGGACUGCUGCAGAAACAUUCAUGCCUUACAUGUGAUUUACUCUGUCCUUGUUUGUCUAAAAUCCAAGUGCUGUGAUAGACUGUGGUAACAGAUGCUAUGAAAAGGGAGAGAAUGUGUUAAAGGGUUAAAAAAGGAUAAUAAGAGCGAAAAUGGAAGGGGAAUUACAUUAGCAUUGCUGGAUAUGUAACUUUACCUCUCACUUCACAUCAUUUAAGCCUCAGGCCCAAAAUUGCUCAUUUUUCUUUAUUGUUUGAAUGUUUGAAUUGCCUGUCCCAGGCCAUGAAGUGAUUUGCCUUUGAAAAACAAAUUUGUUUGAUCUGUUUAAGUGUUUAGGAUAUUUACGAUUAUUUGUACUGUUUUAUGGUAAUAGAAACAUGUGGGUUCGGCUCAAGGGGAAAAA